AUGUCAGUUAAGAUUAGCCAAUAUUGGUCAUUUCUUGAAUUACCCAUAUCCAAAUAUCUAAAUAAUAAUAAUAAAAAAAAGAUGAGAUUACUUAAAUUACCCAAGUUCAACGGAUUUUCUCACUUUUCAAAUAAUAAUUCUUUUACCACGACAAAAAAAAUUGAAUGUAUUAUCUGUCUUAAAUCACAACCAAAAUCUUUAUUUCGUAAAAUUACAACAAAUUGUAAUCACGAAUUAAAUAUUUGCAAAUUAUGUGUUAAUAAGUAUAUAACAGUUCAAUUGGAUUAUAGAGUUGAAAUAAAUUGUCCAUUUAAUGAAUGUCAACAAGAAAUUCAAUAUAAUGAUAUGAAAGAAAUCGCUAAUAAAAAAAUAUUUGAAAGAUAUGAUAAAAUAUUGUUAUAUCAAGAAUUAAGAGAAAUUCCAGAGUUUAGAUGGUGUAAAAAUCCCAGAUGUAAUUUUGGUCAAAUUUAUAUUAUUGAAGGAGAAUGUGAACCUAAAAUUACUUGUGAAGCUUGUGGAAAAGAAUCAUGUUAUAAUCAUGACAUCCCUUGGCAUCAGGGUUUAACUUGUACUGAAUUUGAUACAAAAAUCGAUGAGAACAAAGUGGACAAAGCAACUCAAAAAUAUAUUGAUAAAAAAACUCAACCAUGUCCCUCUUGUGGAGUAAGAAUUAUUAAGAAUGGAGGGUGUAACCAAGUUCGGUGUGGAAUUCGAAGUUGUGAUCAUUUUUUCACUUGGAAGUAA